AAAUCGUCUGCACAAUUAACAGACAAGAUGGAUUUUAACGGAUGCGGCUUUAGUGAUCCGCAGGCGCAGCUGAGCGCAGCGCUUGCCAAACGCAACAUACGUGAGUUCCAGGAGGCGCUCGAGAUGGGUGCACAGCCCAAUCUGCAGGACGAGCGACACACGAGCAUCUUCGAGAAGGCGCUGUCAACCGCAGGCUGUGCGGACUUUGUGGAGGCCUGCUUGGUGCACGGCUGCAAUAUUAAUCACAUAAAUCCCAAGCAUAACAAGGCUGCUAUUAGCUACGCUACCGACUCCAGGGAUCCCAGCAAUCUGGCGGUGCUACUGCGUCGACCAGGCGUCCAGGUGGAUCGCAAAUAUGGGCAGCUGACGCCACUCAACUCGCUGGCCAAAAAUGUGACUGCAGAUAACGUGGAUCAAGUGCGUGCCUGCAUGCAGUUAUUGUUGGACUACGGUGCCUCCCCCAAUGCCAUCGAUCAGGGAGAGCGGACGCCGCUGCACCAUGUGCUGCAGAGCAACAAAAUAAAGGCCGCCAAGCAGGAGCUGGUUUUGCUUUUCCUGGCGCAUCCACAUCUGGACAUCGAUACUUAUCGCAACGGACAGGUGCGACAGCUGCUCCAACAGCAAUAUCCAGAUCUUCAGCUGCCACCGCAGCGGGAGUGCAGCGCAGAUGGGGAGAUCGACUGCGAUCGUCUCCUGCGCCAGCUACGCGAUGGCGAUGAAUCCCAGUUCGAGCAGCUGUUCGCUGAACACCAGCUAAAUAUAAGCGACAAGGAUAACCAGCGCAAUGUCAAACAGGAGCAGUAUCUGCCACUGCUGCUGGAGUCCAUCAAGCGCGGCAAGCAUCGCGCUUUUGAUGCAAUCCUCAGCUCAGGCAUCAACAUCAACCGGAGCACACCCAGCGAACAAACUGUUCCCGCCGAAUUGGCCAUCAUUUGGGGCAAUUGGCGUGCUCUGGAGAAACUGCUGAAGCAUCCGGAGCUAAAGCUGACUCCACGCUCUUCGCUACUGAAUACAGUGAUCAGCAGAUUGGAGGAACCGCCGCUGGAUGACUUCUGUGAUCAUCAGCGCUGCUUUGAGCUGCUGCUCGGCAGCGAAAUAAUUGACAUCAACGAGGUGGAUGCCAGCGGACAAGUGCCGCUUUACUAUGCCGUCAAAUAUCGCAAUACGAAAGCGGUCCAGACGCUCCUACGCCAUGGUGCCUACAUUGGUAGUCGAAGCCAGUUCGAUGAGCUGGCCAUACAGGACAUGUCGCCAGAACUGCUCGAAAAGCACUUUGACUCCUGCAUCACGACCAAUGCACAGAAGGCCGGUGUCCAGAACUUUGAGAUCAUAAUCAACUAUAUGAAUUUGAUGCGUCAACAGCGACCAGGACAACAAUCUGGCAAGAUGCGUACGUCCCAGCAGUUGCACGAUGAAAUGACUCCGAUUGCCCAUAUGGCCAAGACGAAGGAAUUGCGACAUCUGCUGCAGCAUCCACUGAUCUCUAGCUUUUUGUUCUUGAAAUGGCAUCGCCUCUCUGUCAUUUUCUACAUUAACUUCCUGCUGUACACAUUUUUCACCGCCUCCAUCAUCAGCCACACGCUUCUAAAGUUCCACGAGAGCGAGCACACGGCUCUCACGGCUCUAACUGGACUGUUCACUUGGAUUGGCAUUGUCUAUCUAAUCAUAAGGGAGAGUAUACAGUUUUGCAUGGCCCCACUCUCCCACUUCUGGUCGCUCACGAAUCUCAUGGAGGUAGCACUCAUCUUGCUAUCCAUAUUAACUCGGAUCGAGUCCAACUAUGAUAAGGAGACACAACGCAUAUUGGCCGUGUUUACCAUACUGCUGGUAGCCUUGGAGUUCUGCCUGCUUGUUGGCUCCCUGCCGGUCCUUUCAAUAUCGACGCACAUGCUCAUGCUGCGCGCUGUCUCCAGCAGCUUCAUCAAGAGCUUUGGCCUCUAUUCGAUCUUUGUGCUCACCUUCAGCUUGUGCUUUUACAUACUCUUUGGUAAGCCACAGGAUCAGCAACAGCAGGAAGCAAACAGCACGACAACCCAAGAGAAAAAAGAAGAAGAUGGAGAUGACUUCAAUAGCUUCUCAAAGCCCGUGGAGGCUUUGAUCAAGACCAUCGUGAUGCUGACGGGCGAGUUCGACGCCGGUGACAUUAAGUUCGACAGCUUCUCCACCUAUUUCAUCUUUCUGCUCUUUGUCUUCUUCAUGACCAUUGUGCUCUUCAAUCUGCUCAACGGUCUGGCUGUGUCCGAUACGCAGGCUAUCAAAGCUCAGGCGGAGCUGAAUGGUGCCAUCUGCCGCACCAAUACUCUGAUGAGAUACGAGCAGGUCCUUACGGGUCGACAUGGACGCACUGGAUUUAUUGUGAACAGCCAACCAUUCCGCACCAUUUGCCAGCGCCUGAUGAACAUCUAUCCGAACUACAUGUCUGUGCCACAGAUAUCCAUAUUGCCCAAUGAUGGCAACAAGGUGCUUAUACCGAUGUCCGAUGCCUUCGAAUUGAAAGACUUAAGCAAUGACAAGAACAAGGCCAGCUUUCAGCCAUUGGCCACAAAUGCAGCACUGGAGCAGCAGAAGAAGCUGCUCGAUCCACCGUUAAAGCUGCUGCCCUGCUGCUGCUCCGUACUCACCGGCAAGUGUUCUCAGAUCGACAAUCGAACUGUCAAACUGGCACUAUCCGUUCUCGAUCAGAAAUCCAAUGCGGAGCAGAAGCGUCAACGCGAACAAAUCACCGAGAGAAGAUUGGAGAAUAUCGAACAGAAACUGGAACACUUGCUGAACUUGCUACAAGAGCGCAACUAACUAAAAUGUGUAGUAGAGAAGUACCAGUAUUUAUAUAUUUAGUUAGAUCUAUGCAUUUAUUCCUAGCUAUUUGUAACGAGUCCUGUUUCGUCCUUAUGUUUCCCAUGAUCGAGACUGAUCUACAUUAUUAUUAUUUUGUAGUCAGAAAUUGUUUUAUUAACAUACGAAUAUAUAAAUAUAAUUAAGUUUAACAAAAACCCUUAAGAGUUAUUAACUGAAUGGAAAUAAUCACUAUUAUAAUAGGUACGAUCUUUUCAAUAUACUAUAUACAAUUGAAACUAAAACU